GUAAUGAGCAGUCGCAGGUUGGGAUCAGGCAGAAACGUAGUCGAGAACAACCCAAGGUCGGUAAUGAGCAGUCGCAGGUUGGGAUCAGGCAGAAACGUAGUCGAGAACAAGCCAAGGUCGGUAAUGAGCAGUCGCAGGUUGGGAUCAGGCAGAAGCAUAGUCGAGAACAAGCCAAGGUCGGUAAUGAGCAGUCGCAGGUUGGGAUCAGGCAGAAACGUAGUCGAGAACAAGCCAAGGUCGGUAAUGAGCAGUCGCAGGUUGGGAUCAGGCAGAAACGUAGUCGAGAACAAGCCAAGGUCAGUAAUGAGCAGUCGCAGGUUGGGAUCAGGCAGAAGCGUAGUCGAGAACAAGCCAAGGUCGGUAAUGAGCAGUCGCAGAUUGGGAUCAGGCAGAAGCGUAGUCGAGAACAAGCCAAGGUCGGUAAUGAGCAGUUGUAGGUUGGGAUCAGGCAGAAGCGUAGUAGAGAACAAGCCAAGGUCGGUAAUGAGCAGCCGCAGAUUGGGAUCAGGCAGAAGCGUAGUAGAGAACAAGCCAAGGUCGGUAAUGAGCAGUCGCAGGUUGGGAUCAGGCAGAAGCGUAGUAGAGAACAAGCCAAGGUCGGUAAUGAGCAGUCGUAGGUUGGGAUCAGGCAGA